AUGGGAGCUUGCAACUCUCGCUCUCUCCUAAUGGGCUGCUCCUUGGGUCCCUUCCAGUCCAGCUGUAAGACCGUGUGUGGCACAGCCGGAGGGCCGUGGCUGUGGGGCUGGAGGGGUUGCACGCUGGAAGCCCCUAGCACAGGUUCUCAGGCGGGCUUCUCUGCGGGUGCCCGACAAGGUAGACGCCGGGCAGGAAUGACAAAGGAGAGCCAUCGUGUCGGAGAAGAAUCACACAAAGAAAAGUUCCUUCUAAGCCAGGAAACCCCUGAGCCAGGCAGAGCGCCGACACCGCAGCAUCUCUUUGAAUGUCACUCGAGGCGGGGGCGUGCAGGAAACGGGGUUAAUGAACUGAAUCCAACCUUAUUUGCUUUUCCUUUUUGAGGCCCCAUCUCUGUGUAAGCUCUGGUGGAUGGGGAACUGCAGGAUUAAUGGAGAUGGGCGGAAAGGUGCCAGCCCUGCUUCCGUGUGCGGUAGCUAGAUCCGAGGACCCACGCAGACGGCGUGGGCAUGGGGGCAUUGAUCGUGGUGUUCCCAGUGCAGCCACCCCCUGGCAGGCACAGCACACGCCUGCCCUCGCCCCGACGGCCCACGAUGGAAGUGGCCAGGAUCAAAGACUUCCAGUGGAAAGCCCUGGCGCCUCUGUCCAAGCGCAGGGUCUACUGCUCCUCGGUGGAAGUGGGAGGGCAGGUCUUUGCCAUCGGGGGCUGCGAUGACAACGGCAUCCCCAUGCACUACUUUGAGGUGUACUCCCCGAAGCCGACCAGUGGGACUCCCUCCCUCCCAUGCCUACGGCCCAGGCCACCCUGGGCAAGCGGAUCAUGGUGAUCGGA